GGGCAUAUUAUGGAGUACAUUUCAUUAUAGUUUAACUAUAUAGGUCUCCUUCGUGCCCAAAAUCUUGUUUGUAUCUUCAAAUAUUUUAAAGAACUCCGUCAUAUGUGCAUGUAUAUGGCUGAGUGAUUAGUUCUCCGGCAUAAAAGAAAAGCAGAAGAAAAUGAAGAUGAGUAAACAUGAUGCUCGAGAAGAAGAAGAUGAAGAAGAAGAAACUCUCUCCUUAUGCGAUCUCCCGAUAUACAGCAGCAGCUCUUCGUCGGAUUGGGAGAAGUUCUCCUCACAAAGCUCUGUCUCCUCGUCUUCAACAUUGCCGUCCGACCACUUCUUUGAGUUCUUCAGUGAAGAAUGGAGCAGUAACAAAUCGAAUCUCCCCCCUGAACAAAUCGUCUUCUUCGGAAAGCUUAUCAUUCCUCAGGUUGGAAUUGUCCCAGAAAAGGAUAAUGGGAAAAGAGUAAAGAGCAAGCAAAGAAAUGGGUCUUCAUCAUCGUCCAAGAAUGAUGGAGAUUCGUCCAAGGUUGUCGGAAUGAGGGAAUCGGCAGAAUCUUUGUCGCCCCCGCGGUUCUGGAGGUCGAGAUGGUUUCUCUUCUUCUUCGGAAUGGGUGGGCUUCCAAAAGAGAUGGAGUUGAGGGAGUUGAGGAUCAGGCAGAGCCGCCGUGAAAUGCCGUCACCGUCGUCAUCUCAUGGCGGUAGAGAAAAGGGGCUGUGGUGGGUGAUUAAAGCGCUGAGUUGUGGUCGUGGCGGCAGCACCCAAGUCCACGCACACGCAAUUGUCCGUCAACGCCGCCCUAUUGCCUGCCUAAGCUAUUAGCGACUCCGUACAACAUUAUAUUUUUCAAUUAGUACUUUAAUUUAUUGUUAUAGAUUAAAUAAAUUAAAUAAAUAAAUAGUAAAUUAAAUAAAUAAAUAGUAUAUCCUUCAAAUUUGAUUUGGAAAGUCAAUUAUUUUUGUUAAACAAUUUCAUUUUAUUCACGGAUAUCAAUUUUUAAUUAUAUUUUAUUUUGAGUUGUGCAACUAUAUAGAAAUUUUAAUUUAGUUUUUGAAUAUGUAAAUUUUAAUUACUAAAAUUUUAAGAUUAAAAAAUGUUGAAUUUGCAAAUUUGGGACGGAGGAAGUAUGAUAUAGAUGCAAAUUUGGGUAAAUAAUAUGGAGUAUCAUUCAUCCGGAUGUGAUUUUACAUCAACGUACAUUUCCAUAAUUUUUAUAAACAUUUGCUAAUUCCAACAAAAUUACUCUGUAUUACUUUGUUGGGUUCAUUCUUAUUUCAUCGAUCAUCACACAACAUUUGAAUAUAAAGAAUGAAAUAAGUGUUAAAUAAGCUCUUGGUAUUAGGAAAAACUAAAUUCUAAUCUCAAUUCAAUUAUCACUCAAUUAAGCAGUUCAAUUUUUUAAAAAACAUUCAAACAGCUUUCUAUCUGAUAACGAACAUGUUAGCUGAUUAUACACACCGUCUCACAUGGAUAUUUUCACUUUUUUCUUUCUUUUUACUUUGUUAGCUGAUUAUUGUAUACACAGCGACUCACAUGGAUAAUUUAGGGUGGGCACGGGACGGGACGAGACGGAAAUUAGACGAUCCCGGUACCGAACCCUAUUUAGGAUAACG